CUCGCUCGCUCCUUCACGCGCUCUACCAAUUACUCUCUGUUCACUGCAGAACCCAACUGCGAUAAACUGGAAAAAGGAGACACAGGAAGCAUCUAAUUCAAUCUUUGGGUUAGGGUUAUCCGUUAUCCGGAUACCGUUAAGCCCGUUCGGGUCUUAGAUCCGAAGAGAAACAAUUAAGAUGGUCGCUGAUUCGCUAUCUUCAGAUUCAAUCACCGAUCUCGAUGAGCAGAUCUCGCAGCUCAUGCAGUGCAAACCACUCUCCGAGACCCAGUUGAUUUCUAUGGUAAUUAUAUUAGGUUCAUCUGUUUUAUUGGGUUGAAGAAGGAGUGCCACGAUAGAAAAAAGAUAAUUGGCACAUUUGGCCAUUGCAAAAUGUGAUGAAAUGAAGGAAUAUCAAUUGUCAGAGCAUUAUGUGACAAGGCUAAGGAGAUACUAAUGCAAGAAAGCAAUGUUCAGCCUGUGAAAAGCCCUGUGACAAUCUGUGGCGAUAUUCAUGGGCAGUUUCAUGAUCUUGCGGAACUUUUUCGAAUUGGAGGGAAGUGUCCAGACACCAAUUACUUAUUUAUGGGCGAUUAUGUGGACCGGGGCUAUUACUCUGUUGAAACUGUGACGCUUUUAGUGGCACUUAAAGUGCGUUAUCCACAACGAAUAACCAUUCUUAGGGGAAACCAUGAAAGCCGCCAGAUUACUCAGGUUUAUGGCUUUUAUGAUGAAUGUUUGCGGAAGUAUGGCAAUGCUACUGUUUGGAAGACCUUCACUGAUUUGUUUGACUAUUUUCCAUUGACUGCCUUGGUUGAGUCGGAAAUAUUUUGUCUGCAUGGGGGAUUGUCCCCAUCAAUAGAAACACUUGACAGUAUAAGAAACUUCGAUCGUGUUCAGGAGGUUCCUCAUGAAGGGGCAAUGUGUGAUCUUUUAUGGUCUGAUCCAGAUGACCGAUGUGGCUGGGGUAUAUCACCUCGUGGUGCCGGAUAUACUUUUGGCCAGGAUAUAUCCGAGCAGUUUAAUCAUACAAACAACUUGAAGUUGAUUGCUAGAGCACAUCAGCUUGUUAUGGAUGGAUUUAAUUGGGCACAUGAACAAAAGGUGGUUACCAUAUUUAGUGCACCUAAUUAUUGUUACCGUUGUGGAAACAUGGCUUCCAUAUUGGAAGUUGAUGACUGUAAGGCUCACACUUUCAUCCAGUUUGAGCCGGCACCUAGGAGGGGAGAGCCUGAUGUGACCCGUAGAACACCUGAUUACUUCCUGUAAAUCAACCUUCUGUUGCACCAGUAUGACCUGCAUAACUGCCACUAUAUUCCUUUCUCAAGCUCUGGUGGUCGAGUAUCCUUGUUGCAGGAAAUACCUAUCGAGUUUAAUAUAUAUAUUUUAUAUAUAUGGAGAGAGAGAGAGAGAGAGAGAGAGAGAGAGAGAACUUUGUGGCAUGCUUUUUCUGGUGGCUAUGGAAGGCAAAAGCAUGCACAAUAGGUCCAGGUUUUAUGCUUUUGUUCUUUGUCAUGUAUUUGAAACCAUGCAAUGGGCUAAAGCUCAAUGGCAGACCAGCAUUAGGUUGUUGUACCUUCAGCGGAAUUGUGGUUAUUCUUGUUUUAUUCACUUGAUUUUUGUCCCAUCCUCUUGGACUUGGUGCCUGUAGGGAGAUAAACAGAUCUGAUACCUAGUGGAUGCUUGUACUUAUUUUUCACAAUGCAAUUUUCAGCAGUGUUGAUUUGAA